AGAUAAUGUACUGCUUCGUGUUCUCGUGUGUUGUUACUUGUGGUCUGUAUUACAUUAUUCGUGAAUCACGACAUAUUUGGACAGUUUACGUUCAAGUUGGCCGUUUAAGGUUUUUGUUAUUGUAAACUUUUGUGUCUUUUAGUCACGGGGUAUCUUGAUAAAUCUGUUUACGUGCACACAUGCAGAAAUCCUUUAACAAACGUAACAGUGUUGUGUAGCAGAGGAAAUAGUGAUUUCGGGAGGUUGGGUGGACUUUGCAUACACCUACUUUUGGCAAUGUUAUUCAGCAAGGACCAAAGUCCAUAGGUGGUAUACUGCGACGUGAGUUUAGUGGAUGUGCAAGUAAAGCCAGGCUUGCCUGCAACUCUUUUGACGCAGCUAUAUCACCAUGAUAACUUGGGCUAAAUCCAUUACCUCGUGUCGAAAAGGUUAUGUCUACACUUUCAGCUUAAAAUUGCCACUGAGAGAAAAAAAUAAUUUGAGCAGUUACUGUUUGAGUGGUUACUUUGAGAUCACACUGAUCUGCAAGCAUUCCCUGAUUAAAUUCUCUGUAAGAAAUUAAGAUUUUUCGCCCCAAGGAAUACACUAUAUCUGCUUACUUUUUAAGCCAUGCAAUAUUAAAUAUUGUAUAUACAUUGCAUAUAUAACUCAGCUGUAGCUCACUUGUAUUUGUUUUUAAAUGUAUAGGUGUUAUGCAAAGGUUGUGCAAUGUUGAGCGUUGAUAAAUGAAAAAAACGAGUAGAGUAUAGUUAGUAUAAUAAUCAGUGUUAUCCUCAUUUACACAUGAUUAUUAUUUGAUAGAAAUGAUGCACCGAGGGUGAAGUCACCACUUCAUGAUGGGAUGACGCUUCAGUGCUUCAGUCCUUGUAUGUCCCUGGGAAAUGCUGCUUUAGCUCUGCUUGGUGGUUCUUAAGGCUUAAGCCUCAAAUCCAAUCAGACUCAAGUCAGGACACAUUUGUUCCUUUUUAGGGGAAGUUUUUGAAGCCAGACUAUCAUGUAGAAACUCACAAGGGUACAACAUGUCUAUGACUUCUGCUUCACAGGUUGUUGACGGCCUUUACCUUGGGAAUAUAAGAGAUGCCGAAAACCGCCAAAGCCUGUCACAGAAUGGCAUCACCCAUAUCUUGUCUGUGUACAACAACGCUAGACCUGUGUUUGAGGACAAGACCUACCUCUGCAUUCAUGCAGCGGAUGCCUCCAGCGAGAACCUGUUGCAACAUUUUAAAGAUUGCAUCCGUUUCAUCCAUGAAUGUCGCCUGAAUGGAGGAGCGUGUCUUGUUCACUGCCUUGCAGGUGUCUCUCGCAGCACCACCAUGGUGGUGGCCUACCUGAUGACCGUCACUCACUACAGCUGGGAGGAGUGUCUCACUGCAGUCAAGGCCGUGCGCUCCUUUGUCGGCCCCAACUGUGGUUUCCAGCAGCAGCUGCAGGAGUACCAGACGACACAAGUCUCUGAGUACCGAGCAUGGCUGCAGUCCAGUUUCCAACCCAGUCCGUUUAAUGACCCGGAGCAGGUGGGCGCCCUGCUGAUCCAAUACACAGAGCAACAAGAAUCCCAGAGGCGAGGUGGAGACCAGCGCUGGAUAAAACAAGACAUGGACGGUUGCUCUCUGCCGUCAACUCACCCUGAAGGCAGCAGCUAAAACAUGAAGCCAAAAUACCUAAUUUAUACUUCAUGCUAACCCCUUUUGUAAUGGGUCGAUGCAGGCUGUACAUACCUCACCCCGAGUACCUCCUUAGUUUCUUCACCGAGCCCAUCAGUGCUCAGACGCCUUACUCUGAAAUGCCUCAGCACUUUAGCCAUGAUGACAUCGCCUGUGCUUCCAUGUGGAUCCUGUCAAACUGUUGCAAUAUGCUCAGCAGCCUUAAAGAUGCGCCAUAGUUGCGCACUA